AUGUUCGAUGAUAAUGCCACCUUUAUAGGUGAGAAGACUGCGUUAACAAGCAAUAACUCUGUUAGGGGAUUCGAUGUGGUUGAUGACCUUAAAGCUAAAUUUAAAGUAAGCACGCAGCUCAUGAUUCGAUUGUCAAAAGGAGGGUGUAGUUUGGGAAAAGAGGAAAGGGUUGCGGGUUUUGGGAUUCGAAAGCUAGACCUGCCAAAUGCCAUGACUACAUUAGGGGGUCCUUCAUGGAAAGUAAAGCGAGGGAGAAGGGAUUUUACCACUGCUAGCAAGGCUGCUGCAAACAACUUCAUUCCUGGACCCAAUUUCUAUAUAAUUGCUCUCCUAUCAAGCUUUGCUGCUCAAGGACUUUCAUUGCAAGAUUUGGCGCAAAGGGAUGUUGACAGAAAAAUAAAAGGGAAGCCAUAUGACCAAUCCUUUUCUUUGAUUGAUCAUGUUCAGACACUAUUAGCCAGGCAAGGUGCACAACGUUUCAAACACACAUCUACAAUGACUCUUAACAUCGGUCCCUCAUUCGCCAAAUCCUUGCAGCUCAAGUGCCCAAAACGUGGAAAAGAUGAUUGGCCUCAAACCCUUGAUUUCCAGACGCCAACUCGUUUUGAUAAUUUGUACUUCCACAACUUGUUGAAGAUGAAGGGUCUCAUCCGUUCUGACCAAGGGUUCUUUAUUGGCACUUCUGUUGAUUCUCUGGUAACAAAGAAGUUCUGGAGAGAUAAGGACCAAUUGCGGAAAACUCAUUUGAAAUUACCUACUGUGAAUAUAAAUAUUACUCGAGGCUCCCUGGACUGCGAAGGAACCUCAGGCUUUCAGCAGAAGCCCCAAUAA